AAUAAAAAAUAACAAUCAUAUUUACCAGGUGGGUUUCAAUUCUUUAAUUUUUUCUAAUUUCACCACAGUUGAGGAGUGAACACUUCCAGUUUACAGUUUCAUCGCUGUAAAUAAAAAUAUGUAUCACAGCUUAGAUUUGCAAGAACCAACAACUCAUGAAUCAAAUGAAGCGUCUAAUCCUCGGCUUGAAUUAGCACUGACUAUUUUGUCUUACAUCUUUGUCAUUUUAACAUUUCCUCUGGCAAUCUUAUGUGUAUUUCAGGUAGUAGCAGAGUACGAGAGAGCGAUAAUAUUCAGAUUAGGGAAGAUGAGAGAAGGAGGUGCAAUAGGUCCCGGAUUAUUUUUUGUCAUGCCUUGCAUAGAUAGUGUAGAAAUAGUUGAUCUACGUACUGUAUCAAUGAAUAUACCUGAACAGGAGGUCAUAACUAGAGAUUCAUGCAGUGUAUCAGUCGGUGCUGUUGUUAUUUACCAUAUUGAACAUCCUCUUCCUGCCACGCUUCGUGUUUCCAAUUACAGUGAGGCCACCCGUCAGUUAGCCGCAUCGACUUUACGUACUGUCCUUGGGCAGAAAUCGUUGUCAGAUGUUAUGUCACAUCGGGAAUCAAUAGCACAGAGAAUGAAAGAAUUUUUGGACAAAGCAACUGAAACUUGGGGAAUCAAAGUGGAGCGAGUUGAAAUAAAAGAGAUACGACUGCCGCCUCAAAUGCAGAAAGCAAUGGCUGCAGAAGCAGAAGCUGAGAGAGAAGCAAAAGCCAAACUCAUCGUUGCAGAAGGCGAAAUACUUGCAGCGAAAAAUCUGAAAGAGGCUUCGCAAGAACUUGAAGAAGACCCAAUGGCUCUUCAACUUCGGUAUCUGCAAUCCCUCAAUAGUAUGGUUGGUGAAAAUAAACAGACAGUAGUUUUCCCAGUUGAUUUGCUUCAACCAUUGUUAAAAUGAGAAAAAUGACUGAUUUCACUCCAAUGUCUUGUUACAUUCUCAUUGUAAUACUUUUUAAGAUUUAAUUAUUCUGUUGAACACUAUCAACUUAUACAUUAUCAAAACUGUAAAUAAUUUACAAAUCAUAUA